AUGCCCAACAAAGGAUAUCGCCAAGAUCUUCCACCAGAAGGUGGAUAUCGGAAGUUCAACUGGGAAAGAACCUAUGCCAGGAAGCUCUUUAGACGUAAGCUUAUAAUUUCUUUAUAAUAUCGCUAAACUUUUACUGUUGUUGUGAUGUUAAUAUUCUUUUGAUUUUCUGAUCUUUUAUUGUGAUUUUAGCGAUUAUCGUUAUUCCGGUUAUCAGUGCGGCCUGUACUUAUGGUGUCUAUCAGACGUGGUCUCAACAGAGACAACUAAUGUAAGUUGUUUAUUAAUAUAUAUUAUUCUGCUUAUAGUACGCGUAAAUUUGAGGAUACCGACUUACAUACUGCUAUGGAGCCAUUCUUGAAAGCAGAGCGAGACAGAAAGUAAGUUUAAUAAAUUAAUUAUAGUUAAAAUAGAGGUAUUUGGUUUUUUGUAGAUUCUUUUGGUUUAAUCGUUACUGAAAUUGUUGGCUUCUGGUUUUUUUAUUCGUUAAUUGCCAGAAUUAACAUAGAAUGCAUAGACGUAAAAAACGUUAAUAAACCUUAAUAAUUUAAGAUACCUAAAAACUGUGAAAAGAAACUUUGAGUUAGAAGAAGAGAUCAUGAAGGACGUUCCAGGCUGGCAAACUGGUACUUGGUACGGUGAACCAGUCUACUUUACAAUGGGAGACAAGUGGUGGGAUCUUUCUCACUAUGUAAGUUUUUUAAUUUUACUAACCAUGCUCAGACGAUACAUAAAAAAAGAUACCUUUUGAAUCCCACAGGACACUAUUUAGGCCUGGAAAUUGGAUUUAUAAUCUUUAAUAGUUUUAAGAUAUUAAUUUAAAACUUGAUUUCAGGAGAUGUUCGCUCACGUUUGGCAUAAGAAAAAGUACGACGAAAUGCUUUGGCGUCAUCACACCGACUACUCGGCUCCCAAGUUCUACGACAAGUGGAUUCCCGAGUCUAUCAAAGCCUACCUUUGGUGA